CAAUCAUUUCGGUUUUUUUUUGUGUUUGAUGUGAUUUUCGGUGUGCCGUAAUUUUUGCGUUUCCUUUUUCAAAAUUUCAAAUUGAUUUAUGGUUUUGCAGUAACAUUUUCCACAAAACACACAAAUGCGUGUUGCCAAGUGACAUUCACCUAUUUAGACCGAAAAAAUGGAUUCGGACCCCCUUUUUUAAAAAAUGCGUGACCAUUUUUUUGAUACCAAUACAAUAAUUCAAUCGACAUAUUAGAUAGACACAAUAAAUUGUUUACGUGACGAUCAUACACAGACACACGGAACAAAGCCAAAUGUGAUAAAAACGUAUGAGAGAGAGAGAGAGAGAGAGAGAGGACGAGCAACCAAUCUAAUCUGCAUGGAAUUUGGAUGUUAUUUCAAUGGGUUUUCAACCAGAACUAGAUAAAAUUCGAAAACAAAGAAAGGUGAGCUGUAAAAGACGUGAAGGAACAUAAACAAAAAACCGUUUUAACUAGCUGUGUUUUGUGCAUAAGUUUAAGUGUGUAUGUGAAUACGUCGGCCGUUUGUUAAAAAACAAUAGAUGUGCGUGUAAUCGUUUUACUCUAAUUCAUAAACAUUUUUAUCACAGACCGAAAAAUCCUGUUGUUAUUGUUGUUGUUCGUCUCUCUCAUUAUCGUAUGUAUGUGUGUGUGUGUGUAUGAGACGAUAAAUUACAAAAAAUCAUCCAAUACAACAAAGAGCCAAAAGGCACAAAAACAAAAAUAACAUUUUUACGAAUAAAUCGACAUAAUUGUGGUGUAACACGUAUACAUAUAUUUUAAGUGAGUGUUUCCGCCGAAUUAAAACGAAGAAGAAGAAGAAGUAAAAAAAAUUGACAAUAAUCAAAAUACCCAAUCUGAUUUUGGGUUUUAACGUCAUUGGAUUAUUUUUCAUGGUGCGUGUAUAUGUUAUACAUGUGAGCAUUUUUGCCGAGUCCUUCUCAAACAACAAGAGUACUUAUCGUACAUUUUUGUUCAAUCGGCGAACAAAACAGAAAAAAAAAUUCACUUGAAAAAAACAACAAACGAUUUCACAGUAACAGUAUUCCCAUCGAAACACUAAAUUCGGGUAAGCAUAUAUGGAAGAGCUGCUCUCUCAUCAGUGUUCAGUACAUAUAAACCAAAAUAAAAAUCAUUUGAAUUCGUUUGUAUAACGCAUAAAUGAUUAUCUAUGAUCAUCCGUUCCUUCAUGAUAAAAAUGGUCCCAACAUAUGACACACCACCGUUAAUAUCACCAUUAAAAAAAUAGACUGAACGUUUCACUGCACAAAAAUUCACACCCACACAACGGUUUAAGCACAAAACUUCAAACAAAUAUAUCCUAUAUAGAAAGAAAAAAUCACAAAUCUGAUGCGUGGUAGUGUGUACCAUGAUGCCAAACAGUACGCAGGAAGACUCUCAAAAUUAUAAACAUAUAAAAGCACUUGUCCGUGAUUUGCAUAUGACCAGAAAUGUUGCACGACCCGAACAAUUAGUUUCAAUUAACAGUGCAAACAAUGUGUACCAUCACAAUAAUCAUUCGCAUCCACGUACCGUAAAAUCAACGCCAUGUAAAAACGUUUCUAUUGCACAGAAAUUGAUUAUUCAUCAAUUGAAUACAUUGAAUGGACCGAGUCGAGCGACGAUUGAAGAGAACGCUGUAUUUAUUGAAGAAGACGAAGAAAUGGAGGAGGAUGAGGAAGAAGCAAGUGAUACAAAUACAAGCUCAUUGGACAUAUCACUAUCGUCACCGCCAAAUACGAAUAAACGUAACAAAUGUGGAACGACAACGCAUGAUCCAAAUUAUACCAUACCAUCCGUUGUUGUCACCGAUAUUAAUGAACCGGUCGACCUAAUUACCAGCACACAAAGACGAUUCUCACAACUUUACUCGGGACUAAGACGAUUUUCAACUUCGCAUACGACAUUAAAUCGGUGUGGUGAUUCGAUGGGUACGCUCAGUCGUCAUUUAUUACAAUACAUUGAAUCAAAUGAUUUAUCCGGUCUGAAGACGUUUUUGGAUACACGGCAUUUACCGAUUGACGAUCGAGAUGAAAAUGGUCAAACGGUUCUUAUGGUUGCAUCGGCCAAGGGUCUAUUGCCAUUUGUCCGUGAAUUGAUGACACGUGGUGCCGAUGUGCAAGCCGAAGAUUUUGAUAAUUGGUCAGCACUGCUGAAUGCAGCAAAAAAUGGUCACACCGAAGUGGUACGAUUGCUUGUUGAGCAUGGUGCCGACAUUGAACAUCGUGAUAUGGGCGGUUGGACGGCACUCAUGUGGAGUGCCUAUUACGGCCACACCGACAUCGCUUCCAUACUUUUGGACAAAGGUGCCGAUAUAUUUGCCCAUGGUAAUUUUCAUUUGGGCUCAUUAUUAUGGGCGGCCGGUCGUGGUCACAAAGAAAUCGUUCAUAUGCUGGUACAACGUGGUGCAAAAGUUAAUGUCGGUGACAAAUAUGGAACGACCGCAUUGGUAUGGGCAUGCCGACGUGGUAACGCCGAUAUUGUUGAAAUUUUGCUAAAAGCCGGUGCAAAUGUCGAUACGGCCGGUAUGUAUUCAUGGACAGCAUUAUUGGUCGCUGUAUCGGGUGGCCAUCAGGAAUGUGUUUCAUUAUUAUUGGAACGUAGACCAAAUGUAAAUGCCUUGGACAAAGAUGGUUUAACGGCGUUGAGUAUUGCGUGCCGUGAGGGUUUACAUGAGAUUGCAUCGGCAUUGAUUGCGGCCGGUGCGUACGUAAAUAUUCAAGAUCGUUCAAAUGACACCCCAUUAAUACAUGCGGUGAAAAAUGGGCAUCGUAGUGUUGUUGAAUUGCUGCUAAAGCGUCACGUCGACGUUGACAUUCAUGGAAAAGAUAAGAAAACCGCAUUGUAUACAGCCGUUGAAAAGGGUCAUGCAAAAAUUGUACAACAUUUGUUAACAUCGAAUCCGGAUUUAGAGUUGGCAACAAAAGACGGCGAUACACCGUUAUUACGUGCCGUACGAAAUCGUAAUUUGGAAAUUGUUCAAAUGCUGUUGGAUCGUCGGGCUAAGGUGACAGCAACAGAUCGACGUGGCGACACCGCUUUGCACAUUGCGAUGCGUGCACGUUCGAAAGCCAUCGUUGAAGCAUUGCUUAGAAAUCCAAAGAAUAGUCAACUAUUGUAUCGUGCGAAUAAAGCGGGCGAAACGCCGUACGCAUUGGACAAUGCACAUCAAAAAACGAUAUUGGGACAAGUGUUUGGCGCACGUCGUCUCAAUACAAACGAAGACUCGGAAGGGAUGUUGGGCUAUGAAUUGUAUUCAUCAGCCGUGGCCGAUGUUUUGAGCGAACCAACGCUUACAACACCGAUUACCGUUGGUCUGUACGCUAAAUGGGGCAGCGGCAAAAGUUUUUUACUCGCCAAACUACGUGAUGAAAUGAAUAUGUUUGCACGUCAAUGGGCCGAACCACCGAUACGAGCACCAUGGCUGUUGAUCAUCGUUUGUUGGCAUUUAUCCGUGUUAAUUGGAAGCGUCGUUGGAUUGGCCACAUGGUCGUACAUUUAUGGAACAGCAUCGGCAUUGAUUGCACUCAGUUUUUUCUUUUUCUCAUUGCAAUUGAUUAAAUUUGUUAAUAAUCAUUAUGAUUUCUAUUGGCCGUACGCUUUUAUGAAUGGUGUUAUGAGACGUUUGGGACGUUUACGUUUGAUUUUACAAGUGGCAUUCUGUCAUCCGCCCGGUCCGCAGAGUAGUUCACAGCCGUUACCCGUACGUUUUCAUUUUGCCGAAGCAAAUCAGGCGAGCCCAACCGGUGAGAUGGCCAUUGCCGGAAUGCUGAUUUCUCUAUUUGAAGCGAUCGAAAAUCAUUACGGAGCAUUACCAACCCGAUUAUAUAGAGCAUUCAAACCGAAACCACUGAAAGCAUCGGCCAGUUGGCGAUGGCGACGUAUGUGUUGCAUACCAUUGGUUUUAUUAUUCGAAAUUGGAUUUUUGGGUCUCAUCUCAAUCGCAACCAUACUUAUCAUUUUCGGACACUCACAAGACGUUGCCACACAAAGUGGACUCUGUUUGGCAUUGUACAUAAUCGGUGGUAUUUUAAUAGCUGGUACACUAGCAAAUAUUCAUGCAUGGGCAAAGGCACUUUGUUCACUAUUCAUUUCACAAAGUCGCCAUCUAAAGAAAGCGCUAAAGAAUAACGAAGGAGCACCGUUGACGGCAUUGGGCGCAGAAGUUUCAUUAAUGACUGAUAUGGUUAAGUGCCUGGAUGCAUUUACAAAGCAACAAAGUCGUUUGGUGGGAAUCGUCGAUGCAUUAGAUUCAUGUGAUACAGAACGAAUAAUAACGGUAUUGAGUUCGAUACAAACUAUAUUAUCGUCACCAAAUCGUCCGUUUGUCAUGCUAUUGGCGGUUGAUCCGCAUGUCAUUGCCAAAGCGGCCGAAGCGAAUAGCCGUCGAUUAUUCACCGAAGGUGGUAUUGGUGGUCAUGAUUUUCUACGGAAUUUAGUUCAUUUACCAAUUUACUUGCAAAAUUCGGGACUGCGUAAAGUGCAACGAGCCCAAAAUACGGCCAUGCUAUUUCGACGAAAUGUGCUCGAUAUGCAAAAUGAAGACGGACCAAUUCUGAAUCAUUCGCAAAGCGUUCGAAAACUAUCAAAUGCAUCCGAAAUUAUGUCGAGCAAUGAAAAAUUACGACAACCAGUCAAUCCACCGCGAAAUAGUACGAAGAAAUUACGUGUAUCCGAUUCGAUUGCCAGUUCAAUUGGUUCGAAUUUGCAUCGCAUCAGCACAAUGCCAACGGGACCCAUUGACUUAUCGCGGAUUGUACUCACCGAUGACUACUUCAGUGACGUUAAUCCGCGCAGUAUGAGACGUUUGAUGAAUGUCAUUUACAUAACUGUGCGACUUUUGAAAGCGUUUCAAAUUGAAUUUAGCUGGUAUCGUCUAAGCUCGUGGAUCAAUUUAACGGAACAAUGGCCGUUGCGCGCAAGUAUGAUUGUACUUGAGCACGAUUUAAGCGGAGAUCAAAUUGACGAUUCAGUGUCACUGCAAACACUCUACGAAAAAGUUCGGCCAAAAAUUUCGCAUUUACGAGACGCGGCUCCAUUGCUUGAGCUCGAUCGAGAUGAACGAAAAUUGGAGGCAUUUUUGCAAUUGCACAAACAUGAUUUACUUGUAGCUGAUUUACGCAUCUUUUUACCAUUUACCAUCAAUUUGGAUCCAUAUUUACGAAAAGUGCUAAAAGAGGAUCAACAAGCGCUUGAAGAUGAAGGCAUUGUAAUGUCAGUCAAACCCAGCAUUCCACAUCCAAUUCAAACACGAUCACAAAUGCAAAAUCAAUUGCCACACGUUGGAAGCAUGACCAAUUUUGGUGCCACAAAUCCAAUGGUUUCAAUGUCAUCGAAUCAAACGAUGCUUCCGUGGGCACAAAACUAUUUUGGAAAUCAAGCGAUUGCAACGCCUGGUUUUGUUGCAAACAAUUUCCCAGCAACCACAAAUCCCAGUGCCACUGAGCCAAUGAAUCGACGAAAAAGUAUCAUCGAAAAUAUUAAUCCAUUUAUUGGCGAACAAAAAGGAUUACCGGCAGAUUUAUUAAGCGCUUUUCCGGAGGAUUUAUUGCAUGUUCGUUUAUCGAAAUUGUCUGUCGAAGGUCUGACGGCGCUAUUGAAGGAAAUUGAAGAAUUAGAACCGGCAUUCGACCGUUUGGCACGUGCACUGCAAGAGAAUGCAAUCAGUGGACGCGUAUUAAUGCAUUGCGAUUUAAUUGAAUUAAAAUCAUUGCUGGCCUUAAGCUUUGGCCAUUGGGAAAUCUUUCGUUUGUUGAUCAAUUGUUUGCGUGACAUUGAGAAAUUACAACCGGCCAUGAAAUUAACCGAAGUCGAUUCGAUUCCACCAACAUUCCAGCGACAAAAAUCAGUUAUCGAGAAGCAGCAAAAACUUCAUGAUUACGAGUUUCAGCAGGUGACACUUGAAGAGCAGAUGAUUUGUGGCGCAUUGCAGACGUUGAACGAAGAGGCAUUCGAAGAUGUGGUGGCUAGUGAACGACCAAGCCCAACAGGUGGCCCAUCGACAGAUCUUAGCGAUUAUCCUUUUCCAUCGAUUAGUGCAUGUCCAUCUCUUGCAAGUUCACCGGUAGUAGCACGCCGUGAUUCAAUUCUGAAGCAUUCGGGCAGCGUAAAGAAUACCGAUCGUCGAGUGUCAAUUAAGCAAAAUCAACCGAUUGUUGUUGAAUAUUUGUGUGAAAAGCGACAACCGUCAAGUGUACAACAAGCGGCAAUGGUGGCAAUGGCACCGACAGCAGCAACCAGCGGACAACAGUCAACGAAUGGAUGUAUGGGUAAAACACAAGCGAGACCAGCUUCAUUAAUUUUAACAAAAGGGGAUAGACCGACAUUUAAAUUGAUUCGAACCCCGUCAUUUGAUCAGGAACAUGAUGAUGCAACAGUAGUAAUCAAUGCCAACAUAAAUUUUACAGAUUCAGGUGCCAAUCAACGAACGAUACAACCAAAUCAUCAUUUAGUUGCAAGCGAUUUGAAUGCCAAAGACGAUGACGACGAAGAUGAAUCGGCACCAUUGGUGCAAUGCACAAACAACAAAGAAUUAACCAAAAUCAAUAGUUCAAACAAUCAUUCAUAGCACUCAAAGGCCGGCUCAAGAGAACGAAAACAACAACUUUCACAUCCGAUAAUUCAUUUCAGUUGGCACACGUAAAACAUAAUGUUUAACACGUAAUGCCACGCUUAAUGUAAAUAGAUUUAAACAAAAACAAAAACACAAACACAGUGAUUUUAAUUCAAAACAAAGAUAUAGAGUAGUAAUUGUUAAUUAAAUGAAAAUAUUUUUGCUAUUACACCAAUGUUUGAUAAAAAAAAAUUAUAGCCAAUCCAAUUUUAAAUUUAAAACACACAAGUUACAUAGUAACAUCGAGACACACAUACUUAUUUAUAUAUAGUUUCCCUAUUUUCGGCUUCACACAUACCUAAUUGAAUACACCCAAGCGGUAGUUGUGGAAUGAGAUCUCUGUGUGCCCAGUUUGAAGAAUAUUAGAAAAGAUCUUCAUGGUGAAAAAAAAAAAAAAA